ACUGCACAGAGGACCGACCUGGGGCUCCCAGGAGGUGGAAGCAGAGUUCCCAUGGGGAGGUGAUUUUGCAGGAUUACCAGAAGAGCUGGGUGGCUGCAGUGAUUGUGGGAUAUCACCAUUCUCUUAUGGGAGGAAAUGAGCUGAUGGAGCCUCAUCUAUCCCCCAGGAGACUCUCAACACUGUAUCUGGAAAUGUGCCCUCCUCUUGGCUCUUUGAGGUGCAGAUCAAUAUUGGUGCAGGUGCGUACUGCAGUGGGGCUCUGAACAUAUGUCCAUUUCUCAAGGGAGAAAAAUGAACUGGCAGUUCAUCUGCUGCUUCUGAGACAUGGCUUCACGGUGAGCAAGAACUCAUCCCUCAAAGUCCUUCCUGCGAUGCUGGUGCUGCUGCUGCUGCAGAUCUCACUGAGCUGCCUCUGGCUGGGACAUGGUGAGGUGGUGACAUCCUUUGAAAGUUCAUGCCCUCAGUUUUUCUUCCGGAAAACCCCCCCAAAUGAAGCCCUGGAGCCAGAGAACCCAGCCUGGAUCUGCCAGCGUUACAAGAAUCAGUAUUAUUUUGCCACCCUGUAUGACAGGAGCAGGCGUAUUCCUGUGUACUCUGCUUACCUGUACCAACCUGGACCUGGCACAAGACCUAAAACCUGGCUGGUGGAACCCCAGCUGAUGGGUCUGAGUUAUCCCAAAACAAUGGAAAGAGAAUGGACACUCUCAAAAUAUUACAGCGUCACUUCAGAGCAGCUUGGCAAGAGCCAGGCUAUCCUCCAGGACUACAAGAACCUAACAGGUUUGAACCGUGGCCAUUUGAACCCCAGUGGACAUCACUCUGACUCCAGCAGCAGGGCGGCAACGUUCAGCCUCACCAACAUAGUGCCCCAGAAUGAGAAACUCAACGGUGGUGCCUGGAACAACUACGAGCAGCAAACCAUGAUGAGGAGGACGGUGGGCUGUAACACGACCUACAUCGUAGUGGGUGCUGUGCCUGGAAACAACUAUAUUGCCAAGGGCAGAGUGAAUAAGCCCAGCCACAUCUGGUCAAGUGCUUGCUGUGAGGUGGACAAAAACCACAGGGAGGCCUGGGGGGUCAUUGCUGAGAAUGACAAGAAUGAGGUACAGCUCCUCACGCUGGGGGAGCUGGAGGAGGUGUUGACCCACCUUUAUGGGAGGGAUCAGGUUUAUCUGUUUGAUAGUGGCUGUCCCAGGGAAUAAGCCCCAUUUCACAUCCUAGGUAUCCUAUCGUACCCACCAGCAUUUGUCCUACUUCCUUCUCUAGGGGUUUUCCAGUUGUUUCUCAGAGCCUCUUCUUUGAAAAUAAAAGGAAGAAAGAGGCCAGAAGGGCCUCUGGCUCAUUUGCUUUCCUAUUCUGCUGCCCACCCUUGCAAUGAUGGCUCUGGGAUGAGUCCCUGAAAGCUCUGGAGGGACAGUCUGAAAACUAGACCAUGGGUAAGGAGUUAGUUUGUCCUUAAGACUAGAGACAUAUUGCUUUUUGUUCCUAUUUCUCCAUGCCCACAUACAGAUUGCAGUUCCUUACCCUCUUUCGUUCAGCAUCACUGUUAACAUGCUGCUGACUUAUCCAUUGCCUCCUCAGGAAAGUUCCUGGGCAAGAUUGGCUCAGAUAAUCCAUGGAUUAUUCAGAUUCCUCCUUGGAGAUACUCAGAAUCCAUCUGGACAUUGUAAUAGACAACCUGCUCUGGCUGACCUGCCUGACACAGCCAAGGGCAAAAGCAAAGGGCAAACAGAGAGAGGAAAGUGGAAAGGAGGAAGGCUAGUAAGCAUGGGAGGAACAUCACAGCUCUGUUGAGCUCUGUAAAGAAGUAAAAUAAGAAGGAAAGAGAUAACCUGCAUCUAAUCUCUAAGCUCUCUAACCCUGAGUUUACAUGAAGGCCAUGCUUAUGUAAAUUUAUUAGCACAUUUUUGUUUGCUUGGUUUUGGAUCAUGCACCUUGAGAGCAAGAGCUGAGGUUUCAGGCAGCCAGGCUGAGGGGUCAGAUAUACAGCAGACUUUGACCAGCCAAAAAUAAAUUUCUGUGAUGCACUAGUGGGAUAACUUCAUUCUCUGCUCUACUUCUGAAUCUUUUCUGCAGAUUUAUAUAUGAUUGAUUUUUUUUUCCAUUGUAAAAUGUAUUCAGUGGGUAUAAAAGUUCAAUAUAUGGCAUACAA